AAAGAAUGAAAAUACCGAGAAAAACAAGUUAACUAUUUUCAGUAUCAUUUUACCGAAUUACAAAAUAAAAAAAUAUUAAAAAACUUUCACUGAAUCGAGCUCUUACUCUCCUCGCCUCGAGUUAAUCGAAUGAGAAAUGAUGCGUGAAAGUUUUUAAAAUAUAAGACCUGGGCAUUUAUUUACAAGUUAGUUCUACAGUCAAUAAUAACUUUAACACCAACCAGUAACCAGUAAAGUAACAAACUAAGUAAGAGUGCUCUCAAACCUUUCACGUUAUUAAGAAAAACCAGAAAUACAAUCAGGCCACCGGCAAAUUAUCCAGGAAGAAAAUUAAUUCCCAAAGUUUAUUUUUAUCGCCGCGAAAUAAACGGCCCCGAAAAUACCAUCCCACAUUUUUUAAAUUUUACCAUUAAAGUGUAUAAGUAAUAAUAAGUAUCAGGGUGAACGGUACCGGGUAGAACGUCAUCGUCAAAGCAAACGCUUAAGUAUGCCAACCUACUGGCGGGGGAAGCAUACGAGCACGAGUUGACAGCGACGAGUAUUUAGUAAUCGAAUUCAUUUAACAGCGAUCGCAAGUCUAACUCACAUCCAGCAAUUGUUGCCCACUAGUCUAACAAAAGUCUUAAUAAUUAAUAAUAAUGACCCGUAUUUAUUUAAUAAUUAUCAGUGUUUGCUUACUUGCCCGCAGUUUAGACGCAGGCAUCACCGAGGAACUGGUGCGUCUUGCAAAAGGUCCGAUCCAAGAAGCCUUCGAGAGCGGGGCCGCAAAUGAGUUCAAAAAAGAAGACUGUAUUUGGCGACGAGGUUACGAUACUGAUGAUUGUCCUGAUCCAGAUGUACAUAUAUAUUUAUACACACCAGGUAAAUCUAGAAGAGAACUCGUGGUCGGUUCUUCGGACUGGCUGAGGUUCGACUAUGACCCGACGAAGGAAAAUAUCAUUUUGAUUCACGGCUAUGCCGGAGGUGACGAGACUCUUCCUAUCUCAGUAUUACGGGACGCGUAUAUGAAGAACGGAAGCUACAACGUCUUCUUGGUGGAUUGGGGAAAAUUAUGCGCGGCUCCGUGUUAUCCUGCAGCGGUAGCGAAUCUUCGUCCAGUGGCGCGAUGUCUCGCGUUAUCGCUGACGAGUCUCCGGCACCUGGGGAUGCCGAUCGCGAGAACAACUUGCGUGGGUCACUCCCUGGGAGCUCAUCUCUGUGGAAUAAUGGCGAAUUAUUUGCUCUUCAGAAUGCACAGAAUCGUGGGACUGGACCCUGCCCGUCCCCUAGUGAGACCAGGUCUCGGAAACCGGCUGGACAGCGGUGACGCUGAUUUCGUUGAGGUGAUUCACACCAAUGCCGGUUAUUACGGUGAAAUCGGACGAGUCGGUCAUGUUGAUGUGUGCGUCAAUGGUGGAAAAGUCCAGCCGUUUUGUGAAGACAAGCAGAAUCAUCAGCUGUGCAGUCAUGUGUGGGUUGUCUGCUACAUGGCGCAGAGUAUUGACGGCGACAAGCCGCUGAUUGCUGAACCCUGCUCCCGAAGAUGCCCCUCGGGUCCGAGGAUCAGUGUCCGCGCUGGACAGGAUUUGCUUGUGGGUCAACACACGCCGAUUGGUUCCAAAGGGUCGUUUUGCUUGACCAGUUAUGACCCUCCCUAUUGUCCAAAGUUUUCUGCUGAUGGUCGCGGUGAUCCACGCUGCUGCAUGUGAAAGGCUGCAAACUAUUAAACAAUUCAACUAUUAUCUGUAAUUUAUAUUUAUAUUUAUGUGUACACAUAUGACGGACAUAUAUGUCUACGUUAUAUAUUUAUAUAUUAAGCAUUUGUCAGUAAGAUCACGCGUCGCGACCGGAAGCCUUUUUGGUAUUCAAAGUUCGUUAUUGCCAAUGUGUUUCAAUGAACAAGAAGGAGAGGGGUGGGGGUAAUGAUAAAUAAAUAUGUAAACAUAUUUUGAAUGCAAUAAUAACGGAUUCAAACCGUUAGUUGUGCUACAACUCGCUACACAAUACGUAACAUUUAAAAUUUAAAUAUAAAUCAAUCGUUCACUUGCUCCAUUUGGUUUUUUUAUUUUCUUGUGAUCAUUUUCGGGUUUGUUAUUAAUUUGGGUUUCUAUAUGAUCUGCUUGGAAAUAAAUUACUGAGAAAUUUAUUUUGUUCAUUACUUUUUUUUUCAAUUGGGGAGAGAAAUUUUUUAAUGAAAUUUAUGGUGAAGCUUCAGGGCUUUAGUGUGAGAGGAAUAAAAUUUUGUUGGCAGCUUUUAAUUUAAAAUUUUUUUAUUUUUGGUAUAUUUAUUUAUACUAUAUUAGUAUAUUGGUAUAUUAAUUAUAAUAAAAUAAGUAAGACAGGCGAGGAAAAUAUUUUAAUUUCAAAUUCAUUUUUUUUGUUAAUUUAAAAUUGAUA